CACCUGCGAAUCUGCCCACAAGGCUAUACCUGCUGCACCAGCGAGAUGGAGGAGAACUUUGCAAACAAAAGCCGAAGUGAAUUUGAAGCCAUGAUGAAAGAGGCUGGUCGCUCUGUGCAGGUGGCCCUAACAGCACAGCACAGAAGCUUUGACAGUUAUUUCCAGGAUUUGUUGAACAAGUCAGAAAAGGCCCUUUAUGAUGCUUUUCCAAGCAUGUACGGAGAAUUGUACACUCAAAACAUUAAGGUCUUCAAGGACUUGUACAGCGAGUUACGCCGCUAUUACCGGGGCUCCAACAUCAACUUGGAAGAGGCCCUCAAUGAGUUCUGGACACGCUUGCUGGAGCGGCUCUUCAAGCUGAUGAAUCCCCAGUACCAUAUUACAGAUGAGUACCUGGACUGCAUGGUGAAACACGCAGAGCAGCACAAACCCUUUGGGGAAGUUCCAAGGGACCUGAAGGUGAAGGCAACCCGAGCCUUCAUCGCGGCACGCUCCUACGCACAAGGCUUUCUUGUGGGCAGCGACGUGGUCAAAAAGGUGUCUCAGGUAUCUCUGAGCCACGAGUGCACUCGCGCCAUGAUGAAGCUGAUGUACUGCCCACACUGCCGGGGCAUGUCCAGUGUGAAGCCGUGCAGCAACUACUGCCUGAACGUCGUGAAGGGCUGCCUCGCCAACCAAGCAGACCUGAACACUGAGUGGAAGUACCUGAUGGAUUCCUUGGUCAUAGUGGCUGAUCGGAUUGAUGGACCGUACAACGUAGACACUGUAAUAGGGACCAUUCACAUGAGGAUUGCUGAAGCUAUUUCCAACUUGCAAGAAAACAAAGAUUCGAUCACAGCCAAGGUUUUCCAAGGCUGUGGGAAUCCCAAAAUCAGCACAAAAGGCUCCAGCACCGAGGACAAGAAAAGGCGGGGGAAGGUCACGUUGGAAGCAAAAUCCUCUGCGCAAGCACUGGAGAUGCUGGUUUUAGAUGCCAAAGGGAAUCUGACAGCUCUCAAGACUUACUGGGUCACCCUGCCCGGCAGCCUGUGCAGCAAGAAAGUAAUGGCCAGCUCAGCAGCAGACGACAAGUGUUGGAAUGGGAUGACCAAGGGCAGUUACCUGCCUGAAGUGAUGGGCGACGGCUUAGCUAAUCAGAUUAACAACCCAGAGGUGGAGGUGGACAUCACCAAGCCAGAUAUGACCAUUCGCCAGCAGAUCAUGCAGCUAAAGAUCAUGACAAACCGCCUGGGCAACGCUAACAUCGGGAAUGAUGUGGAUUUCCAAGACGCAAGUGAUGACAUGAGUGGCUCUGGGAGUGGUGACAGCUGUCCUGACGACGUCUGUGGCAAAAGACUUUCUAAGAGCCCCAGCACCAGGCAGCCAGAAACACACGCUAUUCCUAAGCAGUCUGGACACGGCAUCAAUGGGGCCAGCAGCAGAUCUUUGCCUUCUGCCUUCCUCCUCCUCCUCCUCUCGGUGGCUUUCAUUGCCGCGCAGCACUUCUGGCGAUAACUCACUAGCACAACCAGGAAAGAGACUGCGGCCGAGGGCUUCACUUUGCCAAAACCAACCAACCAACCAACAAAAGGACAUAUUUAAUUCACCUUGGCAAAAAAAAAAAAAAAAGAAAAAAAAAAGGAACA